UGUUAAUAUAUAUGUAUAUAGUAGAACGGUUCUGAAAUUAUAAAGCAAUAUAAUUAGAUCAAAUUAAUAAAUAAAGAUGUCAGGGGCACAAGGAGCUCAGCCAAAGAAUUCGAAAACGGCAACGACUUACGAAUCGACACAGGGAGGAGAGAACAGAACGAAGAUCGAGUUGAAAUCGCGGGAGGACGAAGGAGGCAUUCAGAUCGAUAAAAUCCAGGAUAAGGUUCCUGAUGCCGCCGGUAAAGGCGGUCCCGUUUUCGGUGCUGCCAACGACGACAAAAACCAAGAUCUCGGCGUUACGGGCACUGGCUCUGAGUGACUAUAGCUACUUAUAAUCAAACUAUAUAUAUUUAAAUAUGUACGAAUAUAUAUUUAUGUAACUCAGUUUCGAAUAGGAUAUAUGCAAGUUUAUAGUGUA